AGUGGGUAGUUAUUGGACAAUAGAGCAAUAGGUACAUUUUAGGGUUCAGGCCCGUACUAAGAUUCGAACCUGUGCCCAAUUCCAAGUAUAUUGCUUACAAGCAAUAAAAUUUACUUAAAAGUAUCGUUAAGAUAUGAAGUAAUUAUAUUCAAGUUAACGAGGUUGUUGCCCUGAUUAUAUUUUUAAAUGGUACGAUCGUUUCGAUGCUAUUUUAAUAAAAUAUAUGUAUCUAGGAGGAGAUAACGUUAUCAUAGUAGGUUUUUGUAAUUUGGUCACAAGUCACAUCAUAAUCACUAAAGUUACCUAAUUUUCUGCAUGGUAUCGCAACUUAGUAUAAGCAGAAGCUCUGUGUAACAAUGACCUAUGAAAAAAAAUGGAUUUUUCAUCUAUUUUUAUAUCUCUGCGUCGUAACAUGUGAAAGUCAUAAUCGUUUACAUUCCCGCCAUUAUGGUAAGUAAAUUAUUGUGUACAAUAUUUAUACUCACAUGCUAUGAUAUUAGUAUUUAAUCUACAUACGCUCAAUUUUAUUUUGAAUUGUCUAAAUAAAGUUUAAGUGAAAUUCAGUUCAAGAAAAUGUUUUAUAAGGUGUACCUAUAAUGUAUUUUCUUUAUGUAUCAUUUAGAAAGUAAAUGCAAUACUUUCCGUCUCUUGUUCAAGGGAAGAAAUGUUGUCAACGCCGAAACCACAACUUCAAAGAAUACAACAGUAAAGAGCAAAGUAAAGUUGAGUGUAUACUAUGAGACGCUCUGUCCAGCGAGUGUGGAUUUCUUCAUCACGCAACUGCAGCCAGCCGUGGAGAGGCUCAGCUCACACAUGGAUGUGCACCUCAUACCUUAUGGCCAUGCUAGGUCGAAUUCAGUAGUUCAGAGCCCGAGCCAGGAUUCGAACCCGUCACAUUGUGAUACAAGGCACACCCGUGGUCGGUACCAGUUCAGCUGUCAGCAUGGCCCAGCUGAAUGUUACGGCAACAAGCUGCAUGCAUGUGCUAUAGAAGCGGCACAAAACACCACUACAAGCGUUCUCCUCAACGCCUGCCUCAUGCAAUACUCUGUCUAUAAAUACGGCGUCGGCUAUGACUACUCGGCUGCUGUAAACUGGUGCACGUACAAACUAAACGUCGCCAUUGACGGUAUUCGCCACUGCGUGAACAACGAGCGUGGAAGCAUCCUACUAAAAGAUUACGGCGAGGAAACACACCGACUGAGACCCCGAUACGUUCCCUUCGUGAUACUAGACAAUUCUACUGACGAGCAGGACGAAGCAACAGGCAACUUGAUUGCAACAAUAUGCCAUAAAUUAGAUCCAAAACCUGCAGCUUGCUAGCAGUGAAAUUAUGAAUAGCGGACAUUACUCUUUCUCUCGCUAUAAGCAGUAUUAAUUAUGACAAGCAAAAUUAUAGUCAUACCAUUCAAGCCCUUGUUGAAGUACCUAACCAUCGCAACAUGUGACUUCAUAAGGCGACUUGAAAUGGGAUUCCAGUAGUGUGCAAUAUGGCACUAGAGAUACUGAAUGCUCGGACCGAUCCCACGAGACUGCCAGCUGUGACACAGUAAGCUACUCCAGGACAGAUCCUGAGCCCCUGGAAACACAGCCCAUGUACUAAUAUUAUCAUCGGCAGCGACUAGAAUAUUCUGAGAAUAUUUUAUUUAAAGAUGUCACACUUUUUGCGUCUGUGAUAUGAAGCAAGUUCUACGUGGCCAAGAAGUGGUUAGGGAUAAGCUAGUUAUAAAGCAUUUUGUAGAAUAGAAUAGUUGAUACUUUUAACGUAAAGUGAUUUAGAUAAAGAAAUCUCUUGAUUCCUAUUUCUAAAGGCUAUCAUUACUGAUGGGUAAUGAAAAGCCAAAGGACAAAGGAUGUAUUUUUUGCUGAUUUUGUGAAACGAAAUAAAUAUAUUCGCAAAAAAACAACAACAUUAUUUUAUUCAGAACAUACUUACAUAAGAUCACGCAUAUUUUUCUUUGUGGCAGAGAGAAACCAUCGAAUUCCACUUACUACGAUGCAUUCAUGUAUGUUCGCCGGUCAGUACUCUUGACCUGGCUUUUCUUUCAAACAUUCUGAAUUUGAUCGCUGGUUAAGUGUAAUUUUCUGUCGGAAUAGUCGAAAAUGAUAGUUUUUUUAAUGUAUGGAUGUAUGUCUUUUUCGACGGAAAAUUCCAUGUGAUAUCAACUCAGAACCAUGGUCUAAAUCAUCCCUCAAAGUUUCCGUUAAGGUGUCACUCUAAAAAGUAAGAAACAAAAAAGUAAGUAACGUGUGCAUGAGUUGUCCCCUAGUCCGUGCGUGCUUGAUUAUAAUCAAAGUUAAAUGCCUCCUACGCAUGAAGUCAAUCACUAAAAAUAAUAAUAUAUGGAUUUAUUGGAAUUUAGGUAUGUAGAAUUCAAAUAAAUUGUAAAAUGUAUGUAAGUAAUUUACUUACGAUUUUAUUGCACCUGUAUAACACUAUUAUAUUUAGACGUCGCUUGUUCCAUCAAGUUAGAUUGUAGCCAAACGCUAAACAGUAAUUUGUAAAAUAGUUGUCUACAGAAUUUGAGAAGAUAAUAGUGACGCUUCAUGAUGAUGGACAAGUCAAUAAUAUUAACUUUAGUCUCAACUUUCUUAUGUGUCGCCAGCAUCGAUAGGCAUCCCUCAAUAAUAAAGAGAGUAUCGAAGGAUGGCGACAAGACGGUGAUACGUCUGAAGUUCAAGUUUACAGAUAACGUUAAAGUGGAUUUUUUCUACGAAUCUCUCUGCCCUGGUUCAAUUGAAGAAUACCCGAAUUUAAUUCCUGUCGCCACCAAACUCUCCGAUUAUGUUGAUAUUAAGACAUACCCAUAUGGAAACGCUAAGGUG